UGUGUGAUGAUGUCUGACCUAGUUCUUUAUAGAGCAGAGACCUGAACACUUUCUCCAGUCUGCAGGUAUCUGCGAACAUGAAGAAGCGGUCGCUGAAUUUCACCCUCUUCCUGCUGCUGAUUGGUCCCGUGUCCUCUGCGCCCCUCAACCAGGCUAAUGUCGUCAGCUGCAUAGAUACCUGUCACCCUCACGACUGCUCGGAUAUGGCUGCCCAGGGUCUGACCUCGGAUGGUGUGUACCUGAUAUAUCCUGGUGGUGCGAACGCUCCUCCGGUACCUGUUUAUUGUGACAUGAGCAGCGCUGGAGGACCCUGGACGGUGUUUCAGAAGAGGUUUGAUGGUAGUGUGGACUUCUACCGUGGCUGGAAAGAAUACAAGAACGGGUUUGGGAAGGCAAACGGAGAAUACUGGCUGGGUUUGCAGAACAUUUACCUACUCACCCAGAAGAGGUCGUAUCAUCUUCGUGUUGACCUAGGAGAUUUUGAGAAUGAUGCUAGAUACGGGACCUAUGAUACCUUCUCUCUCUCACAGUUCGCCAUUGAUCCAGAGGAGGACGGGUACAAGCUGCACAUUGGAACAUUUAAAGACGGUGACCCCAACAAACCAAUUGGAGAUUCACUGAGAACUCAGAAUGAGAUGAAUUUUUCCACCCGUGACAAUGACAGAGACACAUAUUCAGGUAACUGUGCCAUCAGUUUUCAAGGAGCCUCUUGGUACAAGGACUGUCACAGCGCCAACCUAAAUGGACUAUAUCUAAAGGGAAAAACCAGCCAGUAUGCAAAAGGCAUGACUUGGUCAGGAUGGAAAGGACAAUACUACUCCCUGAAAGCAUCUGAGAUGAAGAUCGCCGUAAAUGUCUAAGUUAUUGAUGUCUCAUUGGGUUUCUGUGGAGAAGGACAAUCACCUUGAGGCCAAGGACCCUCAACAUCCACCACUAGUGCCAUCAUGAGCAUCAACAAGGCUUCAAUCAGAUGCAAUUUCCAGCUCUUGGACAAUCACAUCUGUGAAUGAUGUAUUAUUGUAUUCAUUUUAAACAGAGUAUUGUGAUUAUAUAGUCAAAAGAGUCUUGAGAUGAUGGGGCGGGAGGAAGGGGGGGGGGGGAAGAGUCUCCUUACUGGAAAUUCCAGGAUUUUCUUCGUAAAACAAAGACUUUGUCUGAAACUUAAAACCACAAAAGAGGAACCUUGGGGAAAACAAUAAGUAAAAUACACUGGGGCAGAGUUACUAAUUCUGUCUAAUAGUUUGACAGUUUAAAAAAGCACUAAAUCCAUCACAGGGGCUCAGGCUGGGUGGAGUUGGUGUGCCACCUACUGGUCAGCUUACUUUCCACAGGAAUUUUGCAGCAAAAGUUUGGCACAUUUUUGGUGCGCAGCAGAGCAUCCUAACACCAUUUCAUGGUAAACCACUCCCCCUUUCCACUAAGCCACGCAAAAUAAAUGUGAAGCAAAGCAUGACCGGCAGAAGCCAGUAUUCUGGUGUUUUUAGCUUAGUACCUCUCCCCCUCUGUAUCCGGUGAUAAACCUAACAAAUGUGGAUUCGUUCUAAACUGACAUUUUUCUUUAAAGAAGCCUUGCAUGGAUGGCUCAGUGGUUAGCACUGGUGGGCAGCAGGGUGGCUUAAAGGGUAGUGGUAGCUCAGUGGUUAGCACGGUGCCUCAAAGGGUAGUGGUAGCUCAGUGGUUAGCACUGGUGAUUUGCAGCUCUGGGAUUCUAGGUUUGAAUCUGACCAAAGACAACAUCUGCAUGGACUGUGUAUGUUCUCUCCAUGUUUGUGUGGGUUUCCUCCAGGUUCUCCGGUUUUCUCCUACACUCCACAGACAUCCAGAACUUAGAUUGUGAGCCGCACUGGGGACAGCAAGUGAUGAUCACGUCUGUACAGCGCUGCGGAAUAUGUCAGCGCUAUAUAAGCGAGGAAAUAAAAUAAAUAAAUUGAUGUUAAUGAUGAAUAAAC